CUCCCUCUCUCUCUCUGUGAGUAAACUCUUCCUCUUUUCUGGACGAGCUCGCCAGUUGUGCUGGGCGCUGCGUGGUGUCUUACAGGUGAUUCUCAAAGUUGGUACUCCAGCUUUAGUGUGCACUGUGUGUGGUGGGGCCCCCUGCAGAAUGAGUCAGAGUAACGGAGAGACACAGCCCCCCCGGGGGAGGGUCCGGCAGCUCCGGGACACCAUUACAGAGCGGUCACUCCGAGCGCGCAACACCGUCCAAAACAUCAGACCCAGGGACGUCGGUGCGUUCUUCAGGAGGAACGCCUUCGUCAUCCUCACCGUCAUCGCCGUCAUCAUUGGUAUAAUUCUGGGCUUCUCUCUGAGACCCUAUAAGAUGUCCUACCGUGAAGUGAAGUACUUCUCCUUUCCUGGAGAGCUGCUGAUGAGAAUGCUGCAGAUGCUGGUGCUCCCCCUGCUGGUCUCCAGUUUGAUUACAGGAAUGGCAGCGCUGGACAGCCGAGCGUCCGGUAAGAUGGGCAUCCGCGCAGUGGUUUAUUACACCACCACCACCGUCAUCGCCGUCAUUAUUGGGAUCGUCAUGGUUCUGAUCAUCCACCCGGGCAGAGGCAGCCGUGAUGAGUUCAGCAGCAAACAGAGCAUCGAGCAAGUCAGCCCCGCCGACGCCUUCCUCGACCUCAUCAGAAACAUGUUUCCUCCAAAUCUAGUUCAGGCGUGUACACAGCAGCUCAGCCCUGAGAGAGAGACACCCAGCCGGACACACAGCCGAGAUAAAGCUUCAGCUCUCCUGAGAGAGAGACACCCAGCCGGGAAAGCUCACGAUCCACCUUCACACCAGUCCAUGACCUUCAUCUCUGAGGUACUGAAGAAAGCGUGUUCUCUGCUGGACGUAGUGCCGGAAUAUCGGGCAGAACUGUCCCUCAAAAAGGAGACCUGCACCUUUUACUCUACCUUCUUACUACCAGUUACUCGUGUAGACCUGCACAUCCACGUUCCUCCGUUCCUGAGUUUCACUGCUGUGAAGGUCCUUGUUGUCGUUGUGGUUAUGGUGUCAUUAUCGGGCCUGUUUGUGUUCACUGAUCUGAAUUAG